GCGACUUGAAUUAAUGAACACCGAAAAUGUUGUUACAGAAACUACGGUGUUAUAUUAUUUUUGUCGGUUAAUUAAGAAAUCAACAUGGGGUCUAUAAUAAAAAAUCAAAUAUUAAAGCAUCUAUCCAAGUUUACAAAGAAUCUUUCCCCGGAUAAGAUUAACAUCAGUACAUUGAAGGGGGAAGGAGAGAUGACAAACUUGGAGUUAGAUGAGCUUGUGCUGAUGGAUGUGAUGGACCUUCCAACAUGGAUGAAACUGACAAAAGCAGUGUGUAAUAAAGUCUCAGCAAAGGUACAAUGGACAAAACUGAAGUCACAGCCGAUUUGUUUGUUCUUGGAUGAGGUAGUCCUAGAGGUUGAGACCUGCUCAGAGCCGCGCCCUCCAAACAAACCUAGUCACCAGUCAAGUACCAGGUCUGAGGGUAAAUACGGAUUUGUGGACAAAGUGAUGGAUGGGAUAUAUAUUCAUAUCAACUCGGUGUCAGUACAGUUUGUCUCGGAUAAAUUCCAUGCAAGCCUUCAGCUUUCAAGAGUGAAGGUGCAGAGUUUAACACCAACAUGGAGUAAUCCGACAGACAUGCGACAGUCGAGGAUACGAAGCGAAGCUACUGAUGAGAUCAUACUUUUCAAGGAAAUAGACUGGUCCACAACACGUAUUGAAGCUAAUGCUCGUGAAGGGGACACAAAUAUGCCAACUACACCACUUCGAUUGAUUGCGAACCAGUCUAAAAUCAGGAUUGUAAUGAAGAAAAAACUAAGUGACUGUAGUGUUAUAGCUACAAGGAUCAUAUUCUUGCUGGAUGAUCUACUGUGGGUACUGACAGACACCCAGCUUAAGUCAGCCAUGUUGUAUGCUAACUCUCUAAGUACCAUGAUUGAGAAAUCUUCAAAACAGAGUAAACAGCUAGCAGCUGAAAAACUUAAGAAGCAGGUUAAAAGUGGAGCAGACCAGUUAUAUAUGCAGCAGCAGCAACAAUCACGAGCCAGAAGUCAGACAAACGAGGCAAAAUACUUUCAGAGAUAUGAUGUACAGACAACCUCCUACCAUCUCAUAACUAGCAGGGUAGAUCUACACCUCUGUGAUGACACGCCCACUGAGAAAGAGUCCAGCCCGAAGCAUAAUAAGAAGAUAAAUGGAGGUGCUAUGCAGAUAACCAUACAGAGAUUGUCCCUGGAUUAUUAUCCUUUCCACUAUGCAGAUAUGGAUUUGAUUUUGACCAGUGGUGGUGAGAGGAAGAACUGGUACCGUUACACUGACAAUCAAGGGUCAAGGAACACCUGGGUUCAGGAACUGUUUAAAGCCUUUCGUGCAGAAGCAACUAAAGCUAGGGAAGUGUGUAAAGUUCUCUCCCCUACACAGUCACCUGCUCACAAAACAGCCAAUCAGAAAUCCCCGGCCAAAUCAGCUCAGCAAAUGCAAAAUCCUCAAGGGGUCAAAGGUCAGGGUCAUGCUAAUGGACAAUCUCAAGGUCAAGGUCAGACUGGGCAGAGAGUAACUAAAUUACUAGAGAGCUGUAUGGUUUUGAAGAUAGAAGAGUUUAUUAUCUACAGAGUUUCGACAGCAGAUAAUAAGAGAAAUACUCCGAAAAAGUUCUUCAGUUCUGACAAGAAGGCCCUACAUUUACCGUCUGAUAUGUCAGUUGUACAUGUUGAAUAUACGGACUACUUCUUCACUGAUGGAAUAGAUUAUCCAGUUCCCCAUGCGAACAUGUAUGUGUUAAUCAACCCAGUGAGACUGCACAUCGACUACCUGACAAUGCUCUGGUCCAAUUAUUUCUCUCUCAAUCUUGCUCAGGUGGUGGAAACCCAUGAGAAUGAGUUCCAGAAAAAGUUGGAACAUGUAGAUAUCAAGAUAGAAUCCUUGAUGCCAAGGUUAGUGAUCUCAGCAGAGGAAAAUGUUGAAAACCAGCCGGACCGUCCGGAUUCGUUACAGAUCCAGUUCUCAAAGAUAACAGCGUCCAACACGCAUAUCGAAAACCAAUUUACAUUCAGUGACCUUCAAGGGCUGCUUAGUCAGUAUGUUGACUGUGAUAUGUUUAAGUGUGCAGCUUUUCCAAAUGACACCUGUAAAUUGACUUCCAUUCCAAAGAUCUUCCAGGCAUUUGCAGAUUCUCGCGUAAAUCCUUACCUCUGUGAUUAUAUUUUAGAACUGCUAAAUGGAAAGUUGCCAAAUGGAUUCAGUGAGGCAGACAUUGGCACUGAUGCUAUCAAAUCCUUAUUGAGAACAAAUACCCUUAAACGUGACAUGCGCUGUGAUAUGUGGGGACUCUGUAUCGAUCAAGUUUGGUUGGAAUUCCUUGGAGUGCCAACAAGUCGGACUCGGCCUGUGCCGUUUGUAGAAUCUUUUCCAUUAACAUUAUGGAUCUGUCGGCCAUCAUCAAUUCCAGAUGAUGUUAUAUUACCUAGAAACAGUAGUUCAACUUUGAAUGGAAAUUUUGCCGAGAAUAGUGAAAGUGCAGAAAACCCAGAGGAAAAGCAAAACAGACGAAAAACAAGACAGCUGCUUAAACAGUACUAUUCCGAAGAUAGUGAAGAAAGUCCUUCAGAUCCAAAAACUGAUAAUAAUUUCCAAAGUAAUGGUCUCAAAGAUUCCAAUAACUGUGAUACAGAUGAGGGAAAUGUGCAAUAUACAGCUCUGAAGGUCGCCGAUUUUAACCUCGUUGCCAAAAUUGGUGGGAAAAUCCGAGCUCAGCUGAACAAUCCGCAGUUUUUAUUUUUGAUGCGUCUUACUGAAUCACUUUCAAAUUUUCAAGCUCAGCUAAAUGCAGAUGUUGAGGAUUUCCUGAAAGGAAAUAAUUCUCCAUCUCAAACUUUUUCUAUGCCUAUUGUGAUACCAGAUUUAGAAUUUGCAAUGGUUUGUCCUUACAUUGCUGAAUUACUUCCCUUGAGUAAUCCGGCAGACAUUUUGUGCUCUCCAAAUUCAGAGAGUAUUGAUGAGAGGGAUGGUGAUACAGACAGCGAUGUUGUAGGAGGUACAGAAGGGGUAAAUGGUGUGGAAGUUGUUGAACAACCAGAGCAGAUACUUACAGUCAUAGAGUCAGAUGGAGGACCUCGUAUAGAACAGACAGAAAAUUUGCAUGUAGAAAGCCACAUGUCUCACUCCCAGAGUGACUCAACCAUAGGACGUUAUACACAUAGUGCUGACGGACUACUUAUAUCACAGCAAGGUAUAAGGUUAGACUCGCACUCCAGUGAAGAUGUCUCACAAGCAGAGAUACCUGGCUUAAAUAUCAGCGGCCAAAGUAUCCAGUACACGGCCAGUGACUCAGGACUCUCCUCUUUGGGAAGUACAUCUGGUCAAAGGUCAAGGUCAGGAAGUAAAUUGACCCCGACCUCUAUGAAGAAGUCCUUGACAACUGGAGUUUCCAACAUAUCAAAUUUUAUGGGUAAAAUCAAGAACAAACUGGAUCCAGAUGAUAUUGAUGAUAGUGACAGCAUUUCGAUAAGAACGGACAUCUCCGAUGAUGACGAUUUUGAAUUUUUGGCACUUGAUGAAAAUGAGGCUCCAGCUUUUGUCCAUAGUCACGUCUCGGAGACGUCCUCCACAGCAGAUACUGACGAUCUGUCAAGUGUGUUUGCUGAGAGCACAUCAGCCUCACGUGCUAAAGAAGUGGUGUCAGCAGUGGUAUUUCGGCUGUCAGGAACGGAGUUGUUGAUACAGAGUGUUGGGGAAGACAUAUUCUUCUGUCUACAGACAAAGGCUGUUGAUUGUGAAGAAACUGGAAAUAUAACCUACGAAGAUUUCUAUGCAAAACUGUCAGCACAAAAUGGUGUGGUAAGAACUUCAGCAGACGUAAAGGAUGGAACAUAUCCAAUCAAAUUUAAGAUGACUAUGGGACCAAGUGCUGAACUAAUGGCCCCUAAGGGGUCAGAAUUAGGGGUUAUGGAUGCAAGGAUCAGGGACUAUAAGUUUACAUUCCGAAUGACCAGCAUUUUAAAUAUGACGAGUUUUAUCGAAGACGAGAAAGUCGCUGUUCCUACGCCGAUGCAUGUUUCUGUAGAUAAUUUCACUCUUACACUUCUGGUUUGUAUCAGUCUGUUUUAUUGUUAUGUCUCUAUUGAGACAUUUAUUAUUUGGGAAAUAAAUUUUAGUUUUGCAUGCUUUGUCGGCAAAUAAAACACGGUUUUGAGUUCAGCUGCGUAGUAAUCUAAUCAUGAAGACCGAAGGCCUAAGUGAUUAAUAAUGACGCAUAUGAACGAAAAAAACAUGUUUUAUUUGCCAACAAAGCAUGCAAAACUAAAAUCUAUUUCCAUUCUAACACAUUCGAAUUACACCAGGAAUUCCUGGGAUACUAAUCUUGAAUAAAAUGCGGUUUUGAAAACGAGGGAGUAAACUGAAAUAGCCAAAAGUAGGCCAUUUUGCGAAACAUGUUCUAAUCGACAAGACAGUACACGGUAAAAUCCUUCUUUCUUUAUAUAAAAGAAAAUCUCUUUAUAUAAAAGAAAAACUUAAAAGUGUUAGAAUCAAAUUUUAAAUAUCUUGUGUCUUUGAUAUUUUCACUCAGAAUGAGGAAUUUUAGUUUACCUUCAUAGACAAAGACAAGUGGUGCUU